UGAAAGUUGUGCAAGCCAAAGCUGCAUAAACACUUGGAGAAGAGUUUGUUCAAUUUCAUAUUAUAUUUCAAAUCUUUAAAACUACAAUUAUCUGAGGAUUGGUGAAGAGGACAUGUCGUACACAAAUAAUCAUUACAUUGAGGCCAACGCCGUGCAACGUGUGGCUAGUCUGCCGCUCUUCAACUCCGCCCUGAAAACUGUUGUUUCAGUUUACAUGGACGUAAAGGGCCGUUACCCGCUCCUGGGUGUGGUGGGGGGCGUGGCUGAGAUUGGGGUGCGUAAUGCGUCCCAGGCUGCCAUUCUCCGUGCCACCCCCCUCCUACUUAGUCUGGAGCCCCAGAUUGAGGUCGUCAAUAACUAUGCUUGUAUGGGCUUGGACCAGCUGGAAAAAAACUUUCCCGUCCUGCACCAGUCUACAGAGGAGGUAUUGGGUCACCUGAAGGAUGCCUUCUUUCUGACCCUGGAUGACGUGCAACUGCGUGUGAAUGAUGAGCUGGACGGGAUACAGGGGCGCUGGGACAAGCUGACCGAUGCCACCUGGUACUACCUCCUGGCUCUGCAGGAGUCACAGCUGGGUCAGAUAGCCACCUCGGGCCUGGACGACAUCCUCACACGCUCAGAGGAGGCCAUGGCCAAGUACAUGCCCCUGACGGCUACACUGCGCCUAGAGUGGGAGAGGAGGACACAGCAGUAUGAGGAUGAAGAUGGGGAGGAUGAGCCUGGGUUGUGGACGCGGUUCCGAGGCCUCCUGCUCUGUCUGAGCCUGCACCUGUACCACCGCCUGCUGAAGCUCAGAAACAGGCUGGAGCAGGCUAUGGGGAUGCUACAGGAUGCUUCCGAAAGGAUCGGCCUGAGCAGGUUGCUGGAGGUGGUAGGCUCUGUGCUCCAGAGACUGCAGCUGCUCUACGUAUACCAGUUGUUGCGUCUAGAGGUCGUGAGGAGGCUAGCCCUGGACCAGCUGAAGGCCCAGGUACGGGUCCUGGCUGAACUGGGGCCCGUCAAGCAGCUGUUGGGACUGCCUGCUCAGGUGCAGCUUGUGGUGGCUGACCUGCAGGAGCUGGGCAAGAUCCUACUACAGCUGCUGGUCAACAGCACCCCUCUCUACAACAUGCUCCAGCAGCCAAGUGAUCAGGAUGUGGAGGACUUCCUCAACCACCAGGAAUCCAUGUCCUCUGACACCACUCGCCGCAGUUCUGCCAAUAGCCUCUUUCUCAAGGCCAUGGACGGCCGCCCACACAAACGCACAAGCUUGUAUGCCCGCUCCCAAAGGGGCUCAACCAGUGCCCCCAGUCCAGCCCCAGCCAAAUCGCCCAACAGCAGCCAUGGCAGCCAGAAGCAGGAUGACCAGACUCUAUCUCUGGAGCUCAAGGACCUGGAUCUCCCUUUCACCAUCGCUGUGUGUCAUCGCUCUUCAGUACGCAGGGGCUCAUCCAGCAGUAUCAAUCCCCCAGACCCCAGUCCAGUCCCCGACCCAGCCUCGGCUAACCCAGCCAACGGCGAUGACCAGCCUCUCUCUCGCCAGGGCAGCCAGAAGCCAGAUGACCAGCCUCUCUCUCGCCGGGGCAGCCAGAUGCCAGAGGAUCAGCCUCUCUCUCUGGAGCUAGACCCCCUGGAGCUCCCUUCUACAAGCACCGUGCUUCGACCCUCCUCGGCUGCCGAAGUCCUCCUUGGCUCCAUCCUCCAGUACCUGAGCUCUGAGCCACCCUCGGACGAGACCAUUAUACCCAAGGUGGAGACCACUGAAGACCUGAGCCCUGAGAAAGUCUCAGAUGAGGCCAUGGCACUCGAGGUGGAGAGCACUGAGUACUACUCAGAUGCUAGAGAUGUGAGCCCAUCCAGACGCAACAGCCUAUCUGCCCACUCCCACAGAAGCUCAUCAAGUGCUGGUAACCUGGAUGACCAGCCUCUCUCUCGCCGGGGCAGCCAGAAGCCAGAUGAUCAACCUCUCUCUCGCCGGGGCAGCCAGAAGCCAGACGACCAGCCUCUUUUUCUGGAGCUGGACCCCCUAGAGCUUCAUUCUACCAGCACUGUGAGUCACCCCUCCUUGGCUGCCGAGGUCCUUCUAGGUUCCAUCCUCCAGUACAUUAGCUCUGAGCCACUCUCAGACGAGCCUGUUGUACCCGAGGUGGAGACCACCAAGAACCACACAGAAGCCAGAGACGAGAGCCCACCCAGAUGCAAGAGCCUGUCUGUUCGCUCCCGCAGAAGCUCAUCAAGUGCUGGCAACCCAUCAAACGUCCGCCAGGGCAGCCAGAUGCGGAAUGAAGAGCCUCUCUCUGUGGAGUUCAACGUCCUGGAGGUCUCUUCUACCAGUGCUUUGCGCCGCCGAUCCUUGGCUGCCGAGGUCCUCCUUGGCCCCAUCCUCCAGUACCUGAGCUCUGAACCAUCCUCAGAUGAGACCGUUAUACCCGAGGUGGAGACCGCAGAGAAGAAUGCACACGCAAAAGAUGAGAGCCCACCCAGACACCAGAGCAUGUCUCCCCGCUCCCGCAGGAGCUCGUCCAGUGCUGUUGUGCCCGAGGUGGAGACUACUGAGUACUACUUUGACGAAGGAAACGGCAGCCCACUCAGACGCAAGAGCCUGUCAAUCCGCUCCUGCAGGAGCUCAUCCAGUGGAGGCAACGCCCCAGCCCCCGGGCUAACCCCGGACAACCCACACAAUGACCGCCAGGGCAGCCAGAUGCAGGACAGCCUGGAGGAGUUGGACACCCUGGCCAUCCCUUCUACCAGCACCAUGCGUCGCCGCUCCUGGGCUGUCGAGGUCCUCCUAGACCCCAUCCUGCAGUACCUGAACCCUGGGCACUCAGAAAAGGCCGAUAUAGAAGAGGUCGAAAUACCCGUUGUGGAGGCCACAGAGCACUAAGAAGUCACCAGUGUCCUAGAAAUGGCCUCCCUUUGCAGGCCCAGGUGUGAGACUUAUUAGUUGAUUUUAGUUUGUGGGUACACAUAGGGGGGCCAUAGUUCAGCAGACAUAAUCUGUGAUCGGUCCAUUGGAAUCCAAAAUGUGUCAAUGUAUGUCACUGAAAGAUUCAGGCGUUCUUCUUCAUGUACAGACGCCAACCCACAUUUGUUUUGGUUUCCUAACUGAGCAUCAUGUGACAUUAUACACCUUGCACCCCAUUAUAUAUUAGACCUAACUAUUCUUCAAUGAUGUGCUAACCUGAUGUCGCAUUCUGUUUUCUUUUACACUAAGUAGCCGUGAGAAACAUAGCUUGUCAUGAUUAAAGGUUGAAUAUGGAUUGGCCUAAAUAUGGAUGAUGGAAGGAUGUUGAAUGUGUUGAUUGAGGAAUGAGCAUCAAAUAGACAGUAGAAAAUGUGUAUGUCUUUAUUACAAUGUCAUAACAUUUAAUAUUUCAUAACAUAUAAUACAUGACACAUUUAGAUUGUCCUACAGUACGCAUCAACAUAAUAUUGGUUGUAUUCAAGAAAUAAAUAACAUUUGUAUUGCUGCGGUGAAAUGUAUUGAGGUUAUGAAGCGUGAAAUAAAGUGCCAUUUCCCCAUCUAGAGUACAGUACUCAGCUCAUACAUGUACUUUCCCAGAAUAACCCAUUCAUGUUUCAUGCAUUGCAUAAAGGUGAACAUUACAACAUAUAACUUUUCCCAAAUAUUUAUUACACAGAAAUUAAAUAGUUUUAUCCACAUUAGAGAGAAAAUAGUAGACGGCACGUGUCAAACUAUUGAUUUAUGACCCUAUGUCCGGAUGACGUGUGCA